AUGAAGGUUUCCGUCUUAGCCGCCGUUGCUGCCUUUGCCGCUGCCACUGCUAUUGCUGGCCCAGUUCGCCCAGCUGGCGUUGGAAACGACAAGUACUUGAUCGAGCUUGCCCCAGGAAAGACCCAAUGGGUUACUAAGAACGAGAAGCACCAGAUGAAGGCUGCUGGACAAACCUUCAUCGAUAUCACCGACGAGUUCGGUACUGGAUUUACCGCUAGCCAGCCCGUCUCUGCCAAUUACCCUAAAAACUCUCGCCAUUCUUCUAUCGUAGCUCCUAUCAUUGCCAACCUUUCAAAGGAGAAUCUUAUGCGCGACCUGAAGGCCAUGAUAGAGUUCAACAACCGAUACUAUGAGUCGCAGACCGGUGUUGAGUCUGCUACCUGGUUAAUGGAGCAAGUCCAGAAGGCCAUUGACGCAUCUGGUAUCCAGGGUGCGAAGGUCGAGAAAUUCGAGAAUCAAUUUCAGCAAUUUAGUAUCAUUGCCACUAUUCCCGGAUCCGAGUCAACCGUCGUCAUCGGAGCUCACCAGGAUAGUAUCAACGAGCAGGACCCUGAGGGUGGCCGCGCCCCAGGUGCCGAUGAUAACGGAAGUGGAUCAGUUGUUGUCCUCGAGGCCCUUCGCGGCGUUUUGGGAUCUAAGGCUCUCCAAGCUGCAAACAACACCAAUACCAUGGAAUUCCAUUGGUAUGCCGGUGAGGAAGGUGGUCUCUUGGGUUCUAACGCUAUCUUCAAGAAGUAUAAGAGUGACGGCCGCCAGAUCAAGGCUAUGCUUAACCAGGAUCUCGCUGGCUUUGUUAAGAAGGGUGGCCCUGAGCAAUUUGGUCUUAUCACCGACAACACGAACCAAGAAUUAAACCAAUUCUGCAAGAUGAUCGUUAAGAAGUACGCUUCUAUCCCAAUCGUUGACACCAAGUGCGGCUACGCUUGCUCCGACCAUGCCUCCGCCGACCGUAGCGGCUUCCCAGCUUCCAUGGUCGCCGAAACAGCUUUCCGUGACUCUAACCCACACAUCCACUCCGCUGACGACGUUACUGACUACCUGGACUUUGACCACAUGCUCGAGCAUGCCAAGGUUGCCGUUGGAUUCAUGACCGAGCUUGCCAUGGCCUCCAACUUGUAA